AUGAAGCCCUGUGAUUUGAGCUCCGAUGUCAUGUUUGAGAUUUUGUCACGAAUGCCAUUGAAGAUGCUAAGGAGGUGUAGACUUCUCUCCAGGGAAUGCAACAGUCUCACCUAUGAAUCCAGGUUCAUGCGUCUUCACUGUCAGAGAACAAACACAAUAGCCGGAUAUUUUAUUCAAACUUCAAAAAAGAGUCGGGGCUAUUCAACCUUUUGUUCCAUAGACAAUCCAGGUGUUGAUUCCGAUCAGUUAACCCUUGAUUUUCUACCUGAGAAUGUGCACAUUCGUGCUACCGCUGAUCAAGGUCUGAUGUUUUGCGAGAGCCAACGUUCACAAAACCGCCAUUAUGUUUGUAAGCCCAGCACUAGGCAAUGGGAAACCAUACCAAACCCAAAUCCUCGAUACUUCACUUGUAAGACUGCCAUGCUGGUGAUUGGAUCAGACCCUUUACGGUUCAAGCUAGUUCGAGUUUCAGAUCCCGAGCCGAAGGAUCCAGAGCUUGAGUCGGAGUAUUCCGAGCCAGAGCGCGAUAAUUACAGACGUUAUCCCUGCGAAGUUUUUGAUUCAGAAAUUUGGGCUUGGAAGCAACUCAAUGAUGUAAUGUUAUCCUAUGACGAGUUUUUCGACUUGGGGUAUGCUAUAUCUGCAUAUGGUGGGCUGCAUUGGCUUACGUCCACAGGUGACAAAAAGAACAUACUAUCUUUCUAUGAAGAUAAAGAGAGUUGGGAGUCCGUUUCACUGCCAGAGUCAUUCUGCCACAGAGAUCAUUGCUACCAUGUGAACCUUGCAGAGUAUGAAGGGAAACUGGCAUUAAUCCACCAGAGACCAGAGAUUCCUCUUUUGGAGUUAUGGAUCAUGAAAGAUUAUUAUGGGAAGCUUUGGAGUAAAAAACACACAGUAAAUUUGGCAGCCUUUUGCAAAGAGAAUGGCUUUUAUUCGGCUUAUACUUUAUAUAACGCUGAUAUGAUCUUCAUGCAAGGAUAUUAUACGGCAAUAUUUUAUAAUUUCAAGAAUGGUCAGUUUGAUCGUUUAAGACUUCCAUCGGCACACAUGUUUAGCGAAUCAGCAUUCUUCUUUCAGACAGAUUAUGAGCCCAUCAUCCUGAGACAACCAAGAGAAAAGCUCUCCAUGCCGCAUUGUUACAGUGCCCUUAUCUUCAUGCUAUUUUCGCUUUUCGUUCCUCUUCUUAUUUCUUUUACCUUAGGUAUAUAA